AAACUGAUUAGUCUUACUAAAAACAAAUGACUGCUAGCCUUUUUAGCACAUCAUGUUGCUGCCAGUGUAAAUAUAUGUUCAGAGGAAAGGGAGAUUGACUGAGAUGGAAGCUCACAACGCGGGAUUUGGUUUCCUAUUCGCUGCCCUGGAAGGACUGGAGGGCUUUGAUCUCAACACUAGAUACCAGCUGUCUCACCUAUUUGCAGACCUCACUCUUUUGGUUGACGUCCUACGCACUCCAUCUACAACGUCUACCUUUCCUCCCCCUUUGCGAUAUCGGCUGAGCCCAGCUGCUACCCUUGUUGAUGCCUCCACUCAGACGGGUCCUGCCGUCAACACACCUUACCUAUAUUCUGCUGAUGAUUACGAGGCAAUGGAUUCCCCCAGUACAGACUAUUCUGAUGACCCGUUGAGCCCUAUUCCCUCACCAGGGCAUACCCCUUACCAUCCGUCUUUUUCUCCCUCCUAUUCUCCUGCCAGGCCCUCUUACUCUCCUACUAGCCCCCCUUUUUCCCAAUAA